GCACCAACCAAAGAUCAAAAUGUAGUUGUAUUGGCAUAUGAAUGGAGGACAAAAACCACUUGAUACGCCGCGUUUGCAAGUGAACGCGCCAACCCAAACAAUAUCCUCUGCAAUCAUUCAUUCCUUUGAAUUCAAUACUAACAAAACAAAACCAACUCUCUCUCCUAUCUCUCUCUAGAUCAGGGAAAUCCCAACUUUUGUAACGUUUCAACCGGAUCCACACUUCUUCUCUCUCUCUCUCUAUCUCUACCUCGAUUCUGUUUCAAUUGAACUUUUCAGGAUAAUGGGUGAAAAAUGGCACUAGCUGAAGCUAGGGCGGUUUUGCACAGGACAGCUAACCGAUGCAUGGUACAGGAAGAUGCAAAAAGAGCUCCAAAAUUCGCUUAUUGCUCGUCAAUACCCACUUCUGUUAAACAGGCUGAUACAGUCUCUAGUGCAUCCAGAGGCCAAGAUGUUCCCAUUGGAGUCUCCAUGCCUUUUAAUCUAAAUUUAUCCCCCAAAUCAAAAUGGUGGCUGUACCCGCAACAAAAUUAUGGGCAUCGGAAGGCUUCAACGGAUCAACAGUUUACAUCUUCGGAAUGUAGUAUGGAAAUCUGCCAAAAGCACGAAAGAUCUGGAGCUUUAGCAAGGAAUGGGGAUAGUCCUGCCCAUAUGGAUCAAACUACUUCUAAGAAAUUGUCGUGUGAUAAUCAGGGUAGAACUAUGGAAACUGGUGACAAGUGGGAGUUUGUAGUUAAAGAGGAAGGCCUUAGACCAUUCUCCUCAUGGAAUUGCCAAGAUCCCUUAAAGCUCGAAGUCAAAGAGGAUGAUAGACAACUACAAACAGUUAAAGAUCUUGGUCCUGAGGUUCCAAAAAGUGCUGAUGAGAUUUCUUUUGAUCCCAAGUCGUGGAUAGGGGCAGAAAGAAAUGCUCCUUGGUGGCGAACAGCAGAUACUGAUGAAUUGGCUUCACUGGUUGCACAGAAGUCGCUUGACUACAUAGAGAAUUGUGACCUUCCCAUGCCUCAGAACAGUCAUGUGAAGAAGGAUGUGGAUGUAAACAUAUCCUGUUUUAGCUCAUUGUCAAAUCCGAAGCAUGACGCUGUGGGCUGCCCGACUUGUGGAAGUGCCUGCAACAAAGAUUUUGUGUUAUCAGAGGGUCAAUCAGCAUCCACUACAGAGAAGCCCUUAAGUGAUAUCCCGACUCUUGAAACAAUGGUUGAGAACAACCCAAGCAAGGCCCAACUAAUGGAAGCACUAUGUCAUUCCCAAACUCGUGCAAGAGAAGCUGAGAGGGCAGCAAAACAAGCCUGUGCAGAGAAAGAGCAUGUCGUCAAGCUUGUAUUUAGGCAAGCAUCUCAGCUGUUCGCCUAUAAACAGUGGCUCCAGCUUCUACAACUCGAGAGCAUGUAUCUCCAGUUCCUGAACAGCUCAAGCCAGUCGGUGGUCUUCAUGCCUACACUACCUUGGACACCUCAAAGAAUUAAGAAGGUGCAGACGGCCAGAGACGCGUCCUCUAGUAGGAAAUGCGCCAAAAAAUGCAGUCCUCCGCAUGAAGCUAGUAAGUAUACAGUUGCUUUCACCAUAGGGCUAGGACUAGCUGGUGCUGGAUUCUUGCUGGGAUGGUCCAUCGCGUGGAUGUUUCCGAGUUGGUAAAAGGACGUGCAGUCUGUAUAUCUACUGCGGCUUGAGAAUUUUGUGGACUUUAUGCGCUUAUAUGAGGUUAAUUGAGCUGUAUUUUCCACUUUCUUGUACAUAAGUAAGUGUAUGCUUAAAUUUCAGAUUUUUUAGACUUUGAGUUUCCUUUAAUUUCUCAUUUAUCUAGCAAUGUUGUAAAUGUGAUGGAGAUGGGAAUUCUGUAUGUACUUACAAUACAAUUGGGCUUAAUUAAGGAUGGAGUUGUAGCA